AUACCAAAAGCAUGACAACUAUCAACAUAUCCAAUUCCACAUUAAUCUCUCUUUUCAUCCAUUUCACUACUACUCUAAUUAUUUCUUCGCUCCUCCAUGGAACAACCACCGCCACCACCACCUCCUCCCACUCCGCCGCCCUACAAAACCUACACACUCACCGCCUCUUCACUCUCCUACACAAAAUCCACCACCACCACCGCAGCCACCUUCCUCUUCAAGCCAUGCAUCUCAACACCACCAACCUACAUCUUAAAAGACAUCUCCCUCACCGCAAAUCCAUCUCAAAUCCUCGCCGUCGUCGGCCCUAGCGGCGCCGGAAAAUCCACCCUCCUCGACAUCCUCGCCGCCAGAACCGCCCCCACCAGCGGCGCCCUCCUCCUCAACUCCGCCCCACUCAACCCCUCCGCCUUCCGCAAGCUCUCCGCCUACGUACCCCAGCACGACGCCUGCCUACCUCUACUCACAGUCGCCGAGACUUUCAUAUUCACCGCUCGCCUCCUCAAACCCAAAACCGCCGACAUCUCCGCAAUCGUCUCCUCCCUCCUCGAAGACCUCCGCCUCGCCCACCUCGCCGACACCAGGCUCGCCCACGGCCUCUCCGGCGGCGAGCGCCGCCGCGUCUCCAUAGGUCUGAGCCUCCUCCACGACCCCGCCGUUCUCCUCCUCGACGAACCCACGUCGGGGCUCGACAGCGGUUCCGCCCUGAACGUAAUGCAAACCCUCAGAUCAAUCACAGACUCCCGCCACCGCACCGUAAUACUGUCGAUCCAUCAGCCCAGCUUCAAGAUUCUCUCCACCAUUGACAGAUUCCUUCUCCUCGCCAAAGGCGCCGUCGUCCACCACGGCACACUAUCUUCUCUCACAGCCUUCCUCCUCCACAACGGAUUCUCCGUCCCACCGCAGCUCAACGCCCUCGAAUACGCCAUGGAAAUACUUAACCAGCUCAACAAAAAAGAAGAAGAAGAUAACCCUGCAGCAACUCCUACAGAAUUACAAGAUCUUCCUCCAAUUCUAAACAAUCAAAAUUCUGAAUCCUCUCUCUCUAACUCUAGAGCGAGAGACGAGAUCAGAUACAGAAGCUCUCGUUUCCACGAAAUCAUCACUCUUUAUAUCAGGUUCUGGAAAAUUAUAUACAGAACCAAGCAAUUACUUUUAACAAACACCUUGCAGGCAUUAGGAGUUGGUCUUGUUCUGGGCACUAUUUACAUAAACAUCGGAUUCGACAAGUCGGGAAUUGAGAAGAGAUUAGGUUUAUUUGCGUUCACACUAACGUUCCUCCUCUCUUCCACAACCGAAACCCUACCGAUAUUCAUAAACGAGAGGCCGAUUCUAUUGAGAGAAACUUCGAGUGGGGUUUACAGGCUGUCUUCCUAUCUAAUGGCGAACACCUUAGUUUUCAUGCCAUACUUGCUAGCAAUCGCCGUCGUCUACUCGGUCUCGGUCUACUUUCUGGUGGGCCUGUGCGCCACGUGGCAAGCGUUCGCGUACUUUGUUCUUGUGAUCUGGGUUAUAGUUCUGAUGGCGAACUCGUUCGUACUUUUCUUGAGCUCAGUAGCGCCGAACUACAUCGCCGGAACUUCUCUGGUGACGGUGCUGCUGGCCGGAUUCUUCCUGUUCUCCGGCUACUUCAUAUCGAAGGAGAGCCUGCCGAAGUUCUGGCUGUUCAUGCACUACCUGUCAAUGUACAAGUACGCACUGGAUGCGAUGCUGAUAAACGAAUAUUCCUGCCUUGUGUCCACGUGUAUGAUAUGGUUCGACGAGAAUAAGAGCACGUGCAUGGUGAGUGGGGGUGACGUGUUGGUUAAGAGAGGGCUACAUGAAAGGCAGAGGUGGACGAAUGUUUAUAUCUUGAUCGGAUUCUUCGUGAUUUAUCGCCUUCUCUGGUUGCUUGUUUUGAACAGAAGGGUUUCCAGUUCCAAGAAAUAAAUUUAAAAAAAAAGAAAAAAAAAAAAGAAAAAGAAACUCAUUCAUGCUGGCCUGGUAUUUUCAAUUUCCUGAUGCUUUCUUUAAUUUAUGCUGUCUUAAUUUUUUACUUUUUUUUUACAAGUGUUUUAAUUUGUGUCAAGAAUUACUCAUGCAUGUAACGUACGUACUGCUGUUGUGUAAAUGGGAAGUAAUAAAUAUGACGUUAUUGAUGAUAUAUAAUAAUAUAUUGUUGAUGAUAUACAUGAUCA